AUGGCCAGUGAACAUCGCUCCUCCAAGGAGUUCAAGCAAGAGCCCCUUGCCAUUGUCGGUUUGGCUUGCCGCUUGCCGGGUCAUUGCAAUUCACCCAGAGACUUCUUGAAUCUCCUCCAAGCAGGACGAAUUGCAUCUAUCGAGGUUCCCAAGUCCAGGUUCAAUCGAGAUGGCUUCUACGCUGGUCCAAACCAACCGGGGUCAAUCCGGUCUCCUGGUGGCAUGUUCAUCGAGGAUAUCGAUCCGAAAACAUUCGAUGCAACAUUCUUCGGGAUCAACAAGCAAACAGCGGUCGCAAUGGAUCCUCAACAGCGCCAACUCCUGGAAGUCGUCUACGAAGCAAUGGAGAACGCCGGGAUCCGGCUGGAAGACGUCAAUAAGAAGCCGAUCGGCUGCUUUGUUGGCUCGUACGCAGUCGACUAUGGCGAUAUUCAAGGUCGAGAUCCGGCGGAUCGAGCUCCCGGCGUGACCGUGGGCGUCGGCAGAGCGAUCCUGAGCAAUCGAAUCAGCUAUUUCCUCAAUACGCAAGGCCCCAGCAUGACCAUUGACACGGCUUGCUCGGGAAGCUUGGUUGGGUUGGAUGUUGCCGCUCGAUAUCUCUCCAGUGGUGAGAUCGAUGGUGCGAUUGUGGCCGGGGCGAACAUUUAUCUCAGCCCGGAGCACGCCAUGGACAAGGGAGUGAUCAACGGGGCCAUGUCACCCACCGGAAAAUGUCAUACCUUCGAUGCCCGGGCUGAUGGGUAUAUCAAGGCCGAAGCCGUGAACGCCGUCAUCGUCAAGCGUCUUUCCGAUGCUCUUCGAGAUGGAGAUCCUGUUCGAGCCAUCAUUCGCGGCUCCGCCACCAACAAUGAUGGGAGAACUGGCGGAAUCACCGCGCCCAGUCCUGAAGCGCAGGCCGUGGCCAUCCGAGCUGCAUAUGCGAAUGCAGGCAUUACGGACUUUAAUGCAACGACAUACGUCGAGUGCCAUGGCACCGGCACGCAGGCGGGAGAUCCUGCUGAAGCGCAGGGAGUCGCUUCCGUCUUUGCGGAAACACGAGAUCCUCUGCACCCACUCAUCAUCGGCUCGGCCAAGGCGAACAUUGGUCACUCGGAGCCGGCGGCCGGCGUCACGGGACUCAUCAAAGCCAUUCUCACGCUGGAGAGUGACUCCAUCCCGGGCCUACCAUCUCUCCAGACUCCCAAUCCUCAAAUCGAUUUCGAGGGACUCAGGCUGAGAGUAUCACGAGAUGCUGUCCCAUGGCCUGAAGUGGCAUUGCGAAGAGUGAGCGUCAACUCCUUUGGAUACGGAGGCUCCAAUGUGCAUCUUGUCCUAGAUGCUCCGAACAACGAGCAACGACGUUUAUUUCAAUUCUCGUACGAGGGCAACGACACCGGGCGAUUGCUGCAACAGGAGCGAGGACCCUCGCGACCGACCUUGCUUGUCCUGAGCGCCCAUGACGAACAAGCUGUGCGUCGGAACUUCCUUUCGCUCCAAAAACACCUCUUGAACCCUAGCAUAUCGACAGAUUUGGGCAGUCUGAGUUACACUCUCUCCGAGCGUAGAAGCCGCCUGUUUCACCGCGGUUUUAUCGUCACGGAUUCAAGCGAGCUGGACGUGGGCCAUCUCGUCACUGGCAAACGACGUGGGAAGCCGCCGAACAUUGGAUUCAUCUUCACGGGCCAGGGUGCCCAGUGGCCACGGCAAGGCAAAGCGCUGCUGGAGUAUUAUCCGCAGGCCAAGAAAGUCAUCCUGGACCUCGACGACGUCUUGGCGAGGUUGCCGCACCCGCCUGCUUGGAAAUUGAUUGACGAGUUGACACUUUCGCGAACUGCGGACGAAGUACAGAGGCCGGAACUCUCGCAGGCGCUCGUGACCGCGCUGCAGCUAGCCCUGGUUCACAUUCUCAAAGAAUGGAAUGUCAUACCGACCGCCGUGCUUGGUCACUCGUCUGGGGAGAUCGCCGCCGCAGCAGCAACGGGGAUCAUAACCAAUGCUCAAGCAAUCACUCUGGCGUACUACCGAGGCUACGCCGCAGAAAGAGCCGCACAAGUCAGCGGUUACGGUAUGUUGGCUACAGGAGUUGGCGCUGUUGAAGUCCGACCAUUCUUGGAGGGCGUGGAAGACGGCGUUGAGAUCGCAUGCUGCAACAGUCCCAGGAGUACCACGUUGUCUGGCAGAGUCGAACAGUUGCAUACAGUCCAGAGCCGGCUGGAGGCUGCUGGACUGUUUGCUCGACCACUCCGCGUCAAUGUGGCUUACCACUCUCAAUUCAUCAAAGAGGUCGCAGAUGAUUACCGAAAACUCAUUGCGCCAAUCGUCUCGGACGAGGAGAGUCAAGGGGAACGGCCGAUCAUGUAUUCUUCCCUGACGGGCAGAAAGAGAGGAUUGAAAGUCAAUGCCGACUACUGGGCGAAAAACAUGGCGUCCGUCGUGCGCUUUGAUGAAGCCUUGACCGAACUAGUCCAAGACACCGACGCCUCCAUUGACUUCUUGGUAGAGAUAGGACCCUCUGGUGCGCUGGCAGGCCCGGUCAAACAAGUUUUGGAGCAAGCUCAACGCCACCAAGAAGUUUCAUACACUCCGGCGUUCGCAAGAGGGAAAAACGCAAUCAGAACCCUGGUCGAAUGUGCGGGUCGGGCGUUCAUCGCUGGCACAGAUGUGGACAUCUCACGGGUGAACGCCAUCGAUUCGCAGCAUCGACCCCCCGUGCUUGUCGAUCUGCCCAACUACUCCUGGGACCGAUCGCAAGAGUAUUGGUACGAGAACGAGUCGAGCGCUGACUGGCGUCAUCGCCUGCAUCCACAUCACGAGCUUCUCGGAAGCAAAGUCCUGGGCACAAGUUGGCAGGAGCCAACUUGGAAGAACACGCUGCGGGUGGAAGACCUACCUUGGCUGGCGGACCACAAGGCAACUCAAUCCUCCUCUCUCGGGUCUGAAAUCCUUUUCCCGGCAACUGCAUUUCUUGCAAUGGCCAUUGAAGCGAUACAGCAGCAGCACGAGGGAUUGACUGGCGUGGUACCACAGACUUCCAUCCAUGGCGUCCGCCUUCGAGACAUCAAAUUCCACCGUGCACUCCCUUUUCAGUCGGAAUCCGAUGUCAGGAUAAGGCUCACAUUGCGGCCACGCACAGGGGACAAGUCGGUAUGGCACGAGUACAAUGUCGCUUCGUUUGUCCUCGAACGAUGGCAAGAACAUAGCUCUGGGCUGGUACGAUUAGCGCACGCGGAAGAGGCUGCCCAUGCGGAAGGCGAAGAGGCUCAUCCCUUGGAACGACCCGUUCCCGGGGAUCUCUGGUACAAGGCGAUGCGUGAUGUUGGAUACAAGUUCGGGCCGAGCUUUCGGACCCAGAAAGCAAUAUCGGCAUACCCAGGUCAACGUCGCAGUCGUUCGCUGGUUUCACUCCGGGAGCCCGCGCUCCAAAGGCCAGCAUCACGCUAUUUGAUCCAUCCAGCAACCUUUGACGGUUGCAUUCAGAGUACGGCUCCCGCCAUGUGGGAAGGCGUGCGAUGGGACGUGAACGAACUCCUGGUCCCGGUAAGCAUCAAUGACAUGUUCGUCUCCUCGCACUUGACACCCAGCACGGACGAGGCUCGAGUGGAAGCCACGGCGGACUAUUCGGGGGUGGGCCGGCCGGAGAGCGCGAAGAGCCAUGUUUACCACAUCUCCGCGCAUGACACAAGUUCGGGACAACUCGUGCUGCAGGUGUCCGGAUUGAGCCAUAGCAUCAUCGAUCGCUCGCCUUCGAUAUACGACAAACAUCGAUACAGCCAGGUGCAGUGGAAGCCAGACAUCACCUUCGAGCGCCAGGCCUACCCGGCGGGAUCGUUGUCGCUCACGGACGAGUACAUCAGCCUGGUAUUGCACAAACAUUCCAGAUUGUCCGUCUUGGAAAUUGUACACACUCCCGAUGCGGAUCAGAGUCUGUGGCUGGGAGGGUCGAGCAAGUUCCGCGAGGCAGCCAGCGAUUUUACGCUCGCUGUCUCCGGAUUCGACGAGCUGGUCAAGUUCCAGUCCAAAUAUCCGGCAGACGCCACAGACGGGAGGUUUGUCGUGAUUGAGCGCACGACGGAAGCACUCGAAGCAUUUGCUCUCGCGCAACCGGAAAGUUUCCAGCAUGAUCUUGUCAUAUAUAGAUCUGGACUAGCUUCCGAUGCUGAGCUCGUACAGUCAGCUCGGAAGUAUCUCAAAGACGGAGGGUACCUGCUGUGGAGCAGAGAACAAGACACAUCAUCGAGCGAGGAACACGCGGGAAUCGAUGGCCACGAUGAUCCCGUCGAUUCAUCCCACGAAGAGAUUGCCGGCGGCGGCAAUGGCAUCCGUCGCAAAGCGAAUAUCGAGGGUUUGUGUCCGAAGGACCUUCGGCGCAUACAGCUCGACAUUCCCCGAACUCUGCUUCGCGAGGAUGUGACGCUUUGGGCCGACUUUUCUCACUCAAACUCAGCCGGUGCGGGCGGAAAUGUGAAGCUUUGUAGCCUCACGAGACCGGAUGAAGCAGUACGAGCUCUGCUCGGUGGCAUAGCUCAGGCAGGCUGGAGAAUGACACAUGAUGGCGAGCCGCCUGCCGAGGUGGACUCCAGCGCCAUCUCUCUGGUAAUUGAGUCUGGACAGCCUAUUCUCCCCGACAUAUCCGAGAAGGACUGGGUCAGCCUUCAGGAGCUAUUAGCCAGCGGAGCUCCGAUCCUUUGGAUCACAGAAGGCUCGCAAAUGAGACCCAGCCAACCCCACAAAGCUCUGAUCCACGGUCUUCGCAGGACGGCAAAAGCCGAGGACCCAUUGCUGGAACUCAUCACCUUGGAUGUGGAAUGCAUCAAUGGACCAAACACGGUGCCUGCCGUUCUGGAUGUUUUGCAGCGUCUCAAGGCUGGCAAGCUGAAAGGGACCGGCGUCGACUUCGAGUUUGCCGAGCGUGAAGGCGUAGUCUAUGUUCCCCGGGUGGUGCCGGAUACAGAGUUGAACUCGGCGGCAGCACAGCGUGGGAGAGCAGGUCGGAGUAUUCCGACGACACAUAGACCUUUGUCGUCGUUCGAUGCCCGCGUCGCAUUACAUUGUGAGAAGCCGGGCGAUCUGGACUCACUCACGUGGCAAGAAGAAGAUGUAGUGGAGACGCUGCAACCGGGAACAGUCGAAGUCGAGAUCAUGGCAGUCUCCUUGGCGUUCAAAGAUGUGGCCGUUGCCAUGGGUCUGGUUCCGGAGAACGAGCAUGUCCUGGGUCUCGAUGGAGCGGGCAUCGUGAGACGAGUGGCCAGCAGUGGAGUCGUCGCCCUCAGACCUGGACAGCGAGUCGUCGUUUCCGGUCACGGAGUCCUGGCCAAUCGUGUCAUCAAGCCAGCCUGCAGAGUUCAUGAGUUACCGGCCUGGAUGAGCUUCGAACAGGUCGCAACCACUCCGUUUAUCACGGCUCUGCAUUCGCUGGAAGGCCUCGCCAAAUUGCGAAAAGGAAGUCGAGUUCUCGUUCACUCGGCCUCUGGAGCGCUCGGAGCAGCCGUCAUUCAGCUUUGCCAGGUAGCGCAGGCUGAAGUGUUUGCAACUGUCGGCAGUGCCGAGAAGAAGGAGUUCCUGGUUCGUGAAUACGGCAUCCCAGAGGACCACAUUUUCAGUUCCCGAGACACGGCCUUUUCCCACGGCAUCAAGAAGAUCACUGGCGGUCGGGGUGUCGACAUCGUGCUCAACUCGCUUACGGGAGAGCUUCUCGAAGAGUCAUGGCGAUGCAUUGCCGAAGGAGGCACGUUCAUCGAAUUAGGGAAACGCGAUCUACUGGAUCGCGGAUACCUGCCACUCCAGCCUUUCCUACGCAACACGUCUUACCGAUGCAUUGACUUUGGGCACCGUGAGAUGCCAGAUGAGCUGAUUGGCGAGACUCUCAAAAAGGCGAUCACGCUCCUCGAACAAGGAGUGUUGAAGCCGAUUGAGCCGGUCACUGUCUUCAGGUUCGAUCAGAUCUCGGCUGCCUUUCGUGCCAUGGGCGGUUAUCACAUUGGUCGUGUCGUGGUGUCACGAUCAGCACCCCCUGACGUGUUGAUCCCAGUGCGACCUCGCGCGCGUCGCCUGCAUCUUGACCCGGGAGCCGCAUAUGUGCUCAUCGGCGGUCUCAAAGGUCUCAACGGUGGGAUCGCCGUUCAACUAGCUCUCUGGGGAGCGAGGACUCUCGUGGUCCUUGGCAGAAGUGGCUACGACGAUGACAAGUCGCAAGCCGUCUUGCGAGAACUUGAACUUCUCAACACGCGGGUUGUGCUGGUUCAAGGCGACGUUGCUCGGUACGAAGACGUUGGCCGAUGUCUAAAAGCAGCUGGCUCUCCCAUUCGAGGCAUAGUUCACGCCGCAAUGGUGUUGCGGGACAGAGUGUUUGCGUCCAUGACGAAUCAAGAGUACCAUCAGGCAUUGCGCUCCAAAGUGCAGGGGGCGUGGAACUUGCAUCGCGCGGCUGAAGAGUUGGGAAUCUCACUGGAUUUCUUCACGCUGUUCUCCUCCAUCUCGGGCUUGAUCGGACAGAAGGGUCAAGCAAACUACGCUGCCGGAAAUGCCUUUCUCGAUGCCUUGGCCGAGCACCGCAAGGCCCGUGGCUUGCCUGCAUGCUCCAUCGACCUGGGCGCCAUCGACGAUGUCGGAUACAUGAGCGAGCACGUCGACCUUCUGAGGGCACUGGACACCGAUUCGUGGACCCCAAUCAAUCAGUCUUUACUGCACGAGAUCCUUCAAUUUUCAAUUGAGCAGCAGGACAAGGAAGCCCCGAUCAACCCGGCCAGCUCGGCACAGCUAGUCACCAGCAUCUCCCAUCAUCAGAAGCCUGGCGGCGCACUUUUGUCCGACGCCCGAUUUGGUGCCUUGGGCCGCGGCUACAUCGGCGAAGACGAUGACUCGGCCGACGAGAUUGAAGCUGGAGGGGCUGCAGAGGUGCGCGCUUUCAAAACGCUCGUCCAGAACGGCGCAAAUACUGCCUCCCUCCAGCAGGGAGCUGUGGCGGCCAUCAAGGCCCAUCUCGCAAAGAUCCUUCAAAGUACGCAACCCAUCGAGGAGGAACGAUCGUUGAUUGAUUACGGCAUUGAUUCCUUGGCUGGAGUCGAACUCCGUAAUUGGAUUCGCAGCCGUUUUGAUGUCGAGUUGUCCACGCUAGAGGUUACGCAGACACCGUCUCUGAGUGCGUUGGGAAGCAAAGUAGUCAAACGCAAAUCGUCUUCUGAGCACGACGACGAAAGAGCGCGCAAGAGGGUUAGAAAAGACUAG